AUGGAUUCGAAAAAUGGAAUUAACAACAGCCAAAAGGCAAGAAGGACUCCAAAAGACCGCCAUUUGAAAAUUGGUGGCCGUGAUCGUCGCAUUCGGAUCCCGCCGAGUGUUGCUCCCCAACUAUUUAGAUUGACAAAAGAACUCGGCUUUAAAACCGAUGGUGAAACUGUCAGUUGGCUCCUCCAGAAUGCCGAGCCUGCCAUUUUCGCAGCCACGGGACAUGGUGUCACCACCACCUCCAAUGAAGAUAUCCAGCCAAAUAGGAAUUUUCCUAGUUACACCUUUAAUGGUGAUAAUAUUAGUAAUAACGUUUUCCCUUGUACGGUUGUAAAUACUGGUCAUCGUCAGAUGGUGUUUCCGGUUUCUACAAUGACAGAUCAUGCACCUUCAACUAAUUACAGUACUAUUAGUGAUAAUUACAAUUCCACCUUUAAUGGUAAUGCUACCGCCAGUGAUACAACAUCAGCAGCAACAACAACAGCCACAACCACAGUUUGA